UUUCCUCAAAGCUGCUUCCCUACUGGGGCAGAGUCUCAGUCACAAACAACCACGGCCACCCCACCCAGCCCCUCCUUCUCUCUGCUGUGAGCUCAGAGCAGUGGGACAAAGUGCUCGGGACACAGACAGAGAGGCCUGAAAGCAGCCAUGGGAUCUGGAGGAAUGGGCCUCCUUAGGGUCAGGUGGCUCCUGCUUCUCCUUCUUCUGCUCGUUCUGGGCAGCAAGGCUCAGGAGUUCCCACCUCAGAUUCUAGUUCACCCCCAGGACCAGCUGCUCCAGGGCUCUGGCCCUGCCAAGAUGAGCUGCAAAGCAUCAGGCCAGCCACCUCCUACUAUCCGCUGGCUUCAGAAUGGGCAGCCUCUGAGCAUGACGUCCCCAGACCUACACCACCUCCUACCUGAUGGAACUCUUUUGUUGCUGCGGCCUCCUGCCCGGGGACAUACCUAUGAUGACCAGGCCCUAACCACAGUCUUGGGCGUGUACACAUGUGAGGCCAGCAACGAACUGGGCACAGCAGUCAGCAGAGGGGCUCGGCUAUCUGUAGCUGUCCUCCAGGAGGAUUUCCAGAUCCAGCCUCGAGACAAGGUGGCUGUGGUGGGGGAGCAAGUUAUUCUGGAGUGUGGACCACCCUGGGGCUACCCAAAGCCCUCAGUUUCAUGGUGGAAAGAUGGGAAACCCCUAGUUCUGCAGCCAGGGCGGCACACGAUGUCCAAGGGUUCUCUGCUGGUGGAAAGAGCAGAGAAGAGCGAUACAGGGACCUAUAUGUGUGUGGCCAACAACAAUGCAGGACAACGGGAGAGCCGGGCAGCCAGGGUAUCUGUCCAGGAGUCCCAGGACCACAAGGAACCUCUGGAACUUUUGGCUGUGCGCAUUCAGCUAGAAAAUGUGACCCUGCUGAACCCAGAUCCUGAGAAAAGUCCCAAAUCGGGGCCUGUUGUCUGGCUCAGCUGGAAGGUGAGUGGUCCAGCUGCACCUGCUCAGUCCUACACAGCCUUGUUCCGGACCCAGACUGCCUCAGGAGGCCAGGCAGUUCCAUGGGCAGAGGAGCUGCUGGUUGGCUGGCAGAGUGCAGAGCUUGGGGGCCUCCACUGGGGCCAAGACUACGAGUUCAAAGUGAGACCAUCCUCUGGUCGGGCUCGAGGCCCUGACAGCAAUGUGCUACUCCUGAGGCUGCCAGAACAAGUGCCCAGUGCCCCACCCCAGGAAGUCACCCUAAAACCUGGCAAUGGAAGUAUCCUUGUGAGCUGGGUCCCACCACCUGCUGAAAACCACAAUGGUGUCAUCCGUGGAUACCAGGUCUGCAGCGUGGGCAAUACCUCAUUGCCCACAGUCAACUGGACCGUAGUGGGUGAGCAGACCCAGCUGGAGAUUACCACCCGAAUACCAGGCUUCUACUGUGUGCAAGUGGCUGCAGUCACUGGUGCUGGGGCUGGGAAACCCAGUACCCCUGUCUGCCUCCUUUUAGAGCAGACCAGUGAGCGAUCUGCCCGAGAACCCAGCAAGCACGGUCUCUGGACCCUGGAGCAGCUGAGGGCCACCUUGAGGCGGCCAGAGGUCAUCGCAAGCGGAGGUGUCCUGCUCUGGCUGAUGCUGCUGGGCACUGCUGUGUGCAUCCACCGCCGGCGCCGAGCUGGUGUGCACCUGGGCCCAGGUCUCUACAGGUACACCAGUGAGGAUGCCAUCUUAAAACACAGAAUGGACCACAGUGACUCCCCCUGGCUGGCAGACACUUGGCGUUCCACUUCUGGCUCUCGAGACCUCAGCAGCAGCAGCAGCCUCAACAGUCGACUGGGAGUAGACCCCCGGGACCCUCUAGACUGUCGGCGCUCCUUGAUCUCCUGGGACCCCAGAAGCCCUGGUGUUCCCCUGCUUCCAGACACCAGCACUUUUUAUGGCUCUCUCAUCGCUGAGCUGCCCUCUAGCCCUCCAGCCCAGCCAAGCCCACAGGCCCCAGCUGCCAGGCGCCUCCCGCCCCAGCUGGCCCAGACCUCCAAUCCUUGGCCCAGCUCAGACAGCCUCUGCAGCCGCAGGGGACUCUCUUCACCGCGUUUGUCUCUGGCUGCCACAGAGGCUUGGAAGGCCAAAAAGAAGCAGGAGUUGCACCAAGCCAACAGUUCUCCACUGCUCCGGGGUAGCUGUUCCACAGAGCUCUGGGCCCGGGAAUUGGGAAAUAGAGGUUCCAAGAAUCUUUCUCAAAACACAGGAGCUGUGCCCCGAGCUCUGGUGGCCUGGCGGGCCCUGGGACCACAACUUCUCAGGAAUUCAAAUGAUCUGAUGACUCGCCCUCUCCCUCCAACACCCCUCUCUCCUUGUGGAACCCUGACUCAGAGUCAGCAGACCCAGCACUUGGUGGAGCCCCAACCUCCCUCUGCCCCGCUGCCAGCAGCCCCCCUCUCCAUCCGUACUCCCUCCAGGCCCCCCAGCCCCCAGGCCUCUUCCCUCUCUGGUCCCAGUCCAGCUUCCAGUCACCUGUCCAGCUCUUCAUUGUCAUCACUGGGGGAGGAUCAGGACAGUGUGCUGACCCCUGAGGAGGUGGCCCUUUGCCUGGAACUCAGUGAGGGUGAGGAGACGCCCCGGAACAAUGUCUCUCCAAUGCCAAGGGCUCCUUCACCCCCCACAACCUAUGGAUACAUCAGCAUCCCGACGGCCUCAGGGCUAGCAGACAUGGGCAGGGCUGGGGUAGGAGUGGAGUCUGAGGCAGGGGGCUUGUUGUGCCCACCUCGGCCCUGCCCCACCCCCACCCCCAGUGAGGGCUCUCUGGUCAAUGGUUGGGGCUCAGCCUCUGAGGAUAAUGCCCCCAGUGCCAGAGCCAGCCUUGUCAGCUCCUCUGACGGCUCCUUCCUCGCUGAUGCCCACUUUGCCCGUGCACUGGCAGUAGCUGUGGAUAGCUUUGGUUUGGGUCUGGAGCCCAGAGAGACAGACUGCGUCUUCACUGAUGCCUCAUCACCGCCCUCCCCACGGGAUGACCUCUUCCUGACCUCCACCCUCUCCCUGCCCCUGUGGGAGUGGAGGCCCGACUGGCUGGAGGAUGAGGAGAUCAACCAUGCCCGACGGCUGGGAAGGGGGCUGCCUCCCUGGCCCCCUGACUCUGGGAUCUCUUGCCAGCGAAGUCAGCUGAGCUGUCCUGUUCCCAAGGAUGGCAAUUCCUCCUGAACCAUGUCCUUGAGAUUGCCAGAAGAGCAUCGGGACCAUCUCUCCUGUCUGCCCACAAGGCCUGGUGUAUGGCCUGGGGGUCUUGGCCUCUGCUUCUUGCAGUGGGAGUCUACCUUCUUCAGCCUCCAGGAGAUUCCACAAAUGAAAGCAGAACUGAAGCCCUCAGGAAGCAAAAUAUCAUCUCUACCUUCAGGACUCUCUCUUUUGUUCCAACCACUCCCACAAUCAAAGCCUGUGGCCUAAGGAACAGCCCUGUCUCCUGCUAGCCCCAUGAGAAAUGGGGGAGCCAGUGAUGUCUCCAUGGAAAAAAAAGCAGCAGCUAAUGGAAGAGGGCUUUGGAGGAAGGCACUUGCAGACUCCCUUUAGUCCUCCCUGGGAUCUCUUCUAGAAACCAGCUCAACCCUCUCCCUAGCCACACUGUGUAAAGAAAAUAAAGAGCAAUGUAUGUAGGCAACGAGACCCUACCAAGUGCUAAGGCCAAGGGUUCGAGCUGGAUCUAGGGAGGAAGCUAAAGGAAAGGAGGUGUAAGAAUGUAGGACAAAAGCAUCCUCCCCAUCCUGUUGUCACUGGGUUUAAGGAACUAGACAUGAUGAAACUGUAAAGACUUGAGUUCUGUGAAAUCGUUUCCUGGGGGCAUUAUUUGGGGAGGGCACUUGGAGAGAUGGCAAGAGUUCCCCCUGGGUGAAAAAGAGUGGAGCAUUCAUGGACAGUCACAGAGUGUCCCUCAUCUCUGUCCUGCAAUUGAAGGGAGAGUGAGGUACAUCUGCCAGAUUUUAAGCAAAAUCCAGGAAAGGGGUGGGCAGGUAAAUUUCAAGCUCUGCUGAUCCUGCAACUUAUCCUGAGUAGAAAAUUCCUGCUUUCUACAGUUCCAGCCCUCCUCCCCAAAGACCAGUCCCAGAUGGUUCCUUAAAAAUAGACAAAGUAGCUAUAUUCCAUAAAAGGUAGAACCACCUGUGAUGGUUGGCUACUGAACACUCUUCAGACAAAACAGCAGAACAAAGAGAUGAAUGUGGGUGCAGGACUUCCAGCGCGCAAGCCACUGAAAGCUGCUGGAGAGCAGGCUGACCUGAGUCUUCCUUACAGGGUGGGAAAUGUCAGGGGCAGAAUCUACAAGUUGCAGGGCAUGAACUGAAGCACAGGAAGAUAUCUCUGGAGGGCCAAUACAGAAGCAGGCUCUAUAGGGAUGUACUAAAAAGGCACUUUCUUCUUGCCUGGGUGUUCUCCCAUAAGCUUCUCUUUUCUUUGGGUUUUUAAAACUUGUUUUUUUGUUGUGAAGGGCAAGUUCCCUUGCAGAAGAUGUGGAAGACAGACCCAAGGGGAAGGCAGUAGAAGCCUGACUCAAUCCUCUGAAGGUGGAACAUCUAUCCUCAUUAGCUAUUUGGAAAGUCUGUGUGGUUGAAUUAGGUAAUGGUGGGCUUUAGCUCUUUCAGGAAGCAGGACGGGUCACUUAGCACCUGUCCUCAUCUAGUGCUUCUGCAGACAUUCAAAAGGAUGCUGAAACUACCAGUGUAAACUGAUCUUCAGAGCCUUACAACUCCCUUGUGCCCCUACAUAUUGCAUAAAAUAAACAGAGCCCAGGGCUUGGAACAGA